AUGACUACUAACGACUGUAAAAGGGUCAAUGAGAUACUGGGGUCUGUACUAUCGAGUUUUCCCACUCUUGAUCCAUCAGUAAUAAAACGUUUGGGACGGCGAUCGGGUGGUAAUGUUAAGCCAAGACCUAUUAAGUUUAUCAUGAGUAGCAGUCAACUUGUGUAUAAGGUGUUGGGAAAAUCGAGGGUCUUCAAGGAGAGUUUCGAUGUUUUCAUUUCAUCUGACAGAACCCCAAGACAGAGAGACUAUUUCAACAAAAUCAAAGGUGAAUUGGAGCAGCGAAGAUUUCAGCAGGAAGUAUACAUUGAUAACUAUUUCUUCCUUGAUGAUUCUUCGAAAUUAUUUCCAGUUAGCGAUUGUAUAGUCGAAGAUCUUCUUGGAAGUCUUAUGUUCGAAAUUGACGAAUAUUUUGAAUUUAACGACGUUGUGGUCGGAGGGUACAUCAGGAAACCAGAAGUCAUGGAGAACGACAGUACAAAUGUUUCACCUAUUGAAUUCGUCAGAAAUGUGAGAUAUUAUUGGUCCGUUGAAACUAUGGCCGAUUUUCUGGAGAAUAAGUUGCCGCACUUGGAUUUUCAUGUUGACACAUUGGAUUAUGAAGGAAAAACUGUUCUGCAAUUGUUGGUGGGUUGUGAGACACGACACAACUCCAGGGAGAAAUCAAUGAUGUGCCUUCUUUUAAAACAUGGUGCCAGUCCAUUGAAGAAACCUAGAUACGGUGGAACCAUUAUUGAGAGUAUUUUACAGAACGAGGAUUCUGCCUUGAUCAUCGAAUUUCUGAAAUAUGUGGAGAACAUCAACAUGAUUCUUGAUAAAAAAACUGCGUUGCAUAUAGCUACUAGAAGAAAAUUAAAGGAUGUGGUAGAAUAUAUUGUUGAUCGAAAUGCAGAUGUGAAUAAAAGAGCUUGGACCGGGUGUACACCUCUGCAUGAGUCAGUAAGAAGCAAAAGUGUUGAAAUGAUGAAAAUCCUAGAAAGCGGAGCUGACAUGGAGAUCAAAAACAAAAUAGUACAAAUACCACUUCAUUUGGCUGUUGAGUAA